AUAACCAUAGAGUGACGCGCAACGUGAGUCACAGUGGUGCACCAGUGUCUGUGCCGUUCUUUUCUCCUACGUUUUUCUCUCUUCGAAGCAAGUAUCAAUCAGAAAGAUGUCUUCGCGCAAAACGGCCGGACGUCGUGCAACCACGAAGAAGCGGGCGCAACGCGCGACGUCAAACGUCUUCGCGAUGUUCGAUCAAGCGCAAAUCGCUGAAUUUAAAGAAGCUUUCAACAUGAUCGAUCAGAAUCACGAUGGUUUCAUUGAUAAGGAAGACCUUCACGACAUGCUCGCCUCGUUAGGCAAAAACCCGACCGACGAAUAUUUAGAAGCGAUGAUGAACGAAGCUCCAGGACCAAUCAAUUUCACCAUGUUUCUAACAUUGUUUGGUGAAAGACUUCAAGGCACGGAUCCGGAGGAUGUUAUUAAAAACGCCUUCGGGUGCUUCGACGAAGAGAAUACUGGGCAUAUAAACGAGGAACGUCUUCGGGAAUUGCUUACAACAAUGGGGGACAGAUUUACGGACGAUGACGUGGACGAAAUGUAUCGCGAAGCGCCCAUCAAAGGUUCGAUGUUCGAUUACAUAGAAUUCACGCGAAUUUUAAAGCACGGUGCUAAAGACAAGGACGAACAGUGAAAUAUCUGAAGUUAUUCGUUUUCUAUAUUUGUGUGAUGAUCCAGCGUGUAACACGCUUUUAUAUGGUUGCAAUUGUAAAGUUUCAUAUAUUACUUGUAUUUUGUACUUCCUCUGUCAAUGAGAAUAACUGAGAAUCGAGGAAUUAUAUUAUUUUUCCAACAAUUUUAGGUGAUUCUAAAUGUAAAAGCCUUCAAACCUUGUAAACACUCAUUUGAAAGUGAAAAUGUAAAAAAACGAGCACAUGACUUACGUCCUGGUAUAAUUUACAAUUGUAUAAUUGAUGAAAGAAACUGAAUAUGUAAUAUAAUAAUAUAUUAUGUACUACAUUAUCGUGUAGUUGUUAAAAA